AUGACGAUGGCUGAGUUCUCAAUGGUGAGUGCCCAUGAUGAUUCCAGUCGGUUCCAUUCGAAAUCUCUCUCUCACCGUGCACUCCUGUCUGUUGUUGCCAGUAUCAGGAAGGUAGUGGAUCUGUUGUCAAUUCUUUCCCGACAAGGGGUGGGGGUGUGGGCACUGAUCUUGUUUUGCCCCACUUUUUUAGUUGUCUGAUUGUUUUUCUUUCGUGAUUUUUUUUUUGGGGAAGAGCGGGGAGGUGGGGUGGUUGCGUUUGAUUUAAGUAAUGGCCCUGUAGUGUGAAGGGGAAGCCUUUGUCUCAUCGAGGCUGAGAAGUAAUUAUUGGGUCCCCGUACUCGUGGACACUGGACAAUCAUUCGAGAAAUUGAGAUGGAUGUGUUCAAGGCCAUGCUAUCUUUUCGAAUGAUCUGAACAAUAAAAGGGAUUCCAGGUUGGCCAGUUCUGGGUCUCUGUCCUGAGGAUUGGAAUUUUUUAGCCCACUGUGUUAUUUUUAUUUAAUUUUGGGCGCAAUUAAUUUAAAGCAAGUUGUUUCCUCGUGAUAGCUUCCUGGCCUGAGGAAGCAAGGAGAUCCCAAAAUCCAGCGUUAUGAAGGACUCUCUGAGGACCAAUGUGACGUUCUUAUGCCUUUUCAUAGAGAAGGUUUGGCCCUUAGCCGGAAUAAUGGGAAGGAUUCUUGGUAACGGAAGUAGUUAUGUGGGGAAAAGCUAAGUUUGGUUGAAUUAUUUUAUUUCAUCUGCGGGAAGACAUUCUUUGAUGCAUAGAUAUGACGGGAGAGCUUCUAAAAAAGUUAUCGUCAGCCGUUGACCCCAUGAAUGAUUUCGUUUCCUGGAAGGGGUAGUUCAAUUGGAUAUUUCCUAAUCUCUGAAUGUUUAGAGAGAUCAGGGAGAUUUCUCCUCUCGCAUGCUUAUCCUAAGCUUCUCCUUUUUUCCAUGGUGUAUGUUCCGUCCUAUUAUCUUCUAAUUAGGAGUUUUUUUAUAAAAAAAUGGGUAAUUAAUUUUGGGCCAGUAGAGUUUUUGUCUCUUUACUAUUACCUUUCACCAUUUAUAGACAUGUUUGUUAUACUCAGCACCACCUUCAGAGAAAAAAUGAUCUUGUACAAGUAAAAGAGGGGCACUUGUUUGUGACGUUCUUGUUGAAGUCUUUUUAGUUUCCCGAAAGAGAAGCAUAUUUUUUUAUUUAUACUUCAAUUCAUAUUUUCGAGUGGAAAGAAAGGAAUGCUUGAUUGAAGGCAUUUGUUGUAAAAACGUCUGUCAUUUAGAAAUGCUGAUCAUUAUGCACACGUAGGUGGAGGAACUGGCUUUCCUUAUAAAGGACAACUUGUCAUGCAAACAUCUUGUCCUAUCGGUGGAGGAAAUGCUGAUUGACUUUCUGCAGAAUAACACAAGGUAAGUUUUAUCAGUUAGAAGCAUUUAUUUUUUACUGUUUUUUGUGUAUUUAUUUCCUUGCUUUUCAGAUUCGUAUUUAUCUUAUGAUGGUUUGGGAAGCAUUUUUGCCCUGCAUUGAACUCGUCAAAAUUUCAGAAUCAUCUAGGGUUCAUUCAAGUCAGAGUCGAUGCUAGUCUGACUUUUGAGUGGUAUUUGAUCUAGGUUUGAUUGUGUUAAAUAAUCUAAAGAGUACAAGUAGUUGGAAGAAAUUUGCGAAUAUCUUAACAAUGAAAAUUAAGGUAUUUAUUCAAAGCAAGGGAUUUGGAGAAGCUAUCAUGCGAUUUGAAGGAGAGGGAAGGGUGGGAGAGUGAGAAGUUUUUACUGUGUGCAUAUUAAAUGGUUUCGAAUUUCGUUUUUGAAUGUUAUACUUUUGUUGAACAGCCAACUGCAGAUUUGUCGAAUGUACUUGGCCAUUUUUUAUGAUUUUCCUGCUGCCUUUUGCUCUCUCUCUCUUUUUCAUGGAACAUUUGAAGAAAUUUUUCUGUGCCAACCAGUGGAGCACUAUGGGGCAUCAUUGAUAAUUCUCCUUACAUUUAAGUUUUUAAGUGCAGUUUAGAUGGGAUUAUAGAGCUUGAACCAAUGAGUCCCUACCAUCGUCUCAUGCUGCAUCGCCUUGCAGACAUCUUUGGGUAUGACCUUUUAUUGACCUCUUGUUAUUCACUUCAGGUCUCUAAAUGAUGUUGUUGGUUAUUUUUCGUAUUUAACAAUUUUCCUUUUGAUCCUAACGUUACUUGUCUGCACUAGGUUUGCUCAUGAAUCUGUUGGUGAGGGGGAUGAUCGCCAUCUAGUCUUACAGAGGUGCCCAGACUCAUCAAUGUAUGUUGGACCGUUCAACUUUCAACUGUUACAGGAUCUCAUGUUUAGCUAAAGAUAGAUGCUGCCUUCUUGCUGUAGAUUUUCGUUCCAGUGCUUUGCAUAUUGUAGAGAAUUUCGUACCCUAGGAGCUGGUUGGAGCUUCAAGAACUGGAGGGCAUCACUCCAAGAAGAAAAGGUGCCAAAGAUAACAAUUGAAAAGAAGGCCUCGAGUUUGUUAUUCCAUCGUCACCCCUAUUUAUAGGAGUUACAAGUGGGACCAAAAAGGAAAAGUAAAAGAGGCCCAAUAAGUGUUCACUAUAUGACUAGUUCUCAUAAGGGCAUAUCUACAAGAAAUGUUGGAGUAAAAUAAGAAAAAUAGAAUAAAUCGCAUAUUCUGUCACUCCCCCUGUAGGUGGUGCAUGGAUGUUGUCCAUGCCCAGCUUGCAAAGCAGCUUCUAAAAUGCAGAACUCGGCAACAUUUUGGUGAAGACAUUUGCCACUUAUGAUGAGGACUUCGCAUAUAAUAUCUGAAUGAUUCCACAUUCGACCUUUUCCUUGAUAAAGUGUCUGUCCACUUCAACAUGCUUCGUUCGAUCAUGUUGCACUAGGUUGUGGGCUAUAUCAAUUGCGGAUUAUUUGUCACAAUGUAGAAUGGUCGGUCGUUGAUAUUUGAUCUUCAUAUCAUUGAGAAAGCCGUCAAUCCACAAUGCUUCACAAAUUCCCAAUGCCAUAGAUCUAAACUCAGCUCCUACACUAGACCUUGCAACCACAAGUUAUUUCUUGUUCCUCCAGGUAGUAAGUUUUCACCAGUAAAGGAGCAGUACCUUGAUGUAGAUCUCCUGUCAGUUAUGGAACCCGCAUAGUUUGCAUCCGUGCAAAUUUCUACCUGGAGUUCUAAGCUUUUUGAAAAAGUAUGCCUUGUCCAGUAGUGCCCUUCAAAUAGGAUAGAAUCUUAUGAACAGCUUGUAGAUGGGGUUCUCUCGGAUCAUGUAUGAAUUGACUGAUAAUGCCCACAGCAAAUGCAAUGUCUGGUCGAGUAUGAUGUAGAUAAAUAAAUUGACCAACCAACCUCUGAUAUUAUCUCUUAUCCACUGGACUAUAAUUAUGGCAAUACCCCAAUGUAGAAUUCGGGUCUAUUGGUGUGUUAAUAGGCUUGCACUCAAUCUUCCAUGUCUCCUUCAAUAGAUCCAGAACAUAUUUUUGUUGUGAAAAGAAGAUUCCCUUCUCAGAAUAGGCAGCUUUAAUCUGUAAGAAAUAUUUGAGUUUUUCUAGAGAUUUGAUUUCAAAUUGAUUGGAUAACUGUUGACUCAGAGCCUUCAACUCAUCCUUAUCAUUUUCAGAGAUGAUGAUAUCAUCGACAUACACCAGAAGGAGAGUUACUCCUCUUGAUCUAGAGUGUUUAAGAAACAAAGUAUGGUCUCGAUUUCUAUGAUUAUAUCUCAGAUUCUCCAUUGCCUAAGAAAAUCUUCCAAACCAUGUUCGAGGUGACUGUUUCAAUCCAUAUAACGCCUUUCUUAGCUUACAAACUUUCAUAUCUAGAAGAGUUGAAUAGUAAUAAGGAGGUGGUUCCAUGUAUAUUUCUUCUUUAAUCUCUCCAUGGAGAAAUGCAUUUUUUACAUCAUAUUGAUUCAGCUCCAAUUCAAGAUUUAUUGCCAAGGCAAUAAGUAUCUUUACUGUGUCAAGUUUCGCCAGUAGAGCAAAUGUCUCCACAUAGUCAAUGUCAUAGGGCUGAGUAUAACCUUUGGCUACAAGUUUGGCCUUGUACCUCUCCAAAGAUCCAUCUGAGUUAUACUUUACAGUAUACACCCAUCUACAACCCACAAUUCUUUUAUUCUUUGGAAGAGUAACCAUCUCUUAGAUAUUACUCUCUUUCAGUGCUUUCAUUUCUGCAUCCAUUGCUCUCCUCCAAUUUACGCAGGGUUGACAAUUUGUCAUAUGAUAUAAAGCUGGCCAUUAGAUAUAGCUUUCUUUUGGCACAACUUCCAGUACCUUUUCUUAGUGCAAUAAGCCAUCUCAGAUCAUCCUCCUUAGGAGCUCCUCCUGAAGUUGUAUCCUCUCUUAUGCCAAGAUCCUCAUGCACUUUUUCAGAUCUGGUAUUAUUUUCUACUGUUUGAAUCACAUUUGGUGCAGCAUCUUCUCAAUUUUGAUUUUGAGUAUGUUCCAUGGGCAUUGCUGGUACUACUAGCACUGUUGGCUCUAUUGGGACAUGAGAUAUAACUAGGCUAACAGAAGUUAUCGUGAACAACUCAUAUGAGGGAAAUGAGCUACCCACAUGCAUUAAGAUAUUAUAUUGGCUGGGAGAUUCUUGAACAUCUGAGUACAUCUUUGGAGAGACUUCUGGAUCAGAGGAAAAGCUUUGAUGCUCAUCAAAGGUUACAUCAGAACUGAUAAAAAACUUCUUCGUUCCUAGGUGAUAACACAUAUUCUUUUCGAGUACGGGAAUAUCUCACAAAAACAUAUUUAAUAGCUUUUGGAUUGAGUUUGCCUCCUAGAUGAUGAGUAUGCACAUAAGCAAUACAUCCAAACAUCAUUGGGAUUAAAUCUGUCUUCAGCUUCACAUUUGGAGACUUCUGUUCCAAUAAGUCGAUUGGGCUCUGAUAAUUUAACAUCUUUGAAGGAAUUUUGUUGAUAAGAUGAACAGCUGUCAGUAAUGUUUCCCCUCAAAGAUAUUUAGGGACAUUGUGAUGAAACAAUAGUGUCCUUGUGGUUUCUACCGUAUGUCCAAUCUUUCUCUCAGCUACUUCAUUUUGAUGUGGAGUGUUAACACAUGAAGAUUCAUGCACAAUGCCAUGCUUUUUGAAGUAUGUUGACAAUGUAGUGUUGAAAAAAUCUUUGACAUUUGUUGAGAAUUAAUCUUGAUUGAGAUUCUUGCAACUUGGAGAAUGAAAGGAGUUGAUCUUCACUAUCCUCCUCUUCCAGGAAGAUGAAUCAGUCACCACUUCUUAGAGCAAAGUUUCCACAAUCCCAAAAUCUCACAUCAAUUAUCUUGGUUUCCCACUUAAGUACAGGUUACAUGAUUUAAUGGGCCAGGCCCAUUACAUUAGUCUUUAAGUGGAUCCGUUAACAGUCUAAUGGAUCCACUUAACAUAGGGAAUGACAGAGAAGAACGAAAAUACAGUGAAAAGAACCAAAUAGAUAGGAAAAACAAUCCUAGAGAAUUCAACAACAUUAUCUGAUUUUGAAUCUCUUAAUUAGAGUUCUAAAUUGAUUCAAAAUCAUCACACAUAAUGACUAUAUAACUUUAUUUUUGAGAAGAUAUGUCCAAGUAGUCCGAGUGUAAUCAUCUCUAGCAUUAAGAACUAUAUGGCUCCAAUUGUAGAUGUCACUUGAGAUGGUUCCCAUACAGCACUAUGGAUGCAAUAAAAUGGAGUCUGACUCCUUUCACCCAUAGUUCUAGAUGGAGCUUUUUUGUUUUUGGCCAUUUGGCAUGCAUCACACAUGAUCUUAUUUAAGCCACAAAGUUUACCAAAGGAAGAAAACAAUGUUUUUAAGAGUUCAACGGAGGGAUGACCCAGCCAAUAAUGAAGUAGUUUUAUUCUACUAAUAUAUGAAGUUUCAUUUUCUCCCCCUUACUUCAGCUGUCUAGUGGUAAGGAAGUAGCAUUCCCCUCCAAGUAGAGCAUCCUAUUCUUCUCUUCAACAUGUCCAAUCCUUUAAUUCAACAUCUUGUCAUACAUAGAACAAUCAAUAUUGUCAAGAGUCAAUCUGCAAUUAACAACUCCAAGUUUUUGAGGAGAAAUAAGGCAUCCUUUCAACUUUGGAACAUAGAGAACAUUUUUCAAACUCUCCACACUCUCAAUCUUUACAUCUCUCAUACCAGUGACAUGGAGUAUCUCACCCCUUGAAGUGAGAACCUUCUUCUACCCAUCACAUGAUAAAUAUGUGAUAAAGUUUGAACGAUUUGGGGUCAUAUGAUCCAUUGCCCCCGAAUCUAAUAUCUAGUUAUCUUUAAACUCGAUAGAAUGGAUACCCAGAAACGCAUUGGACUUACUUACCCUUGCCAAUGAGGUGGAGCUGAAUAUAUACUUCAGUUUCUCAAUUUCUUAUUUCAGAGAGCUAAUGUCUUCUCCCACUCCCUUAGUGGGUAGAUUCCCCCUGUUUGAGGUAUGGGCAUCAGAUUUAGAUCAUUCAGUGUCAUGUGUAACCAAUGUGUGUGCAUGUCCCUGUUGUGGAGGCUUUUCAUCCAAUAUCUAGUAAUUUUCCCUAUUAUGAUUCUCCUUUUGCAAUGUGAACACCACAAAUCCUCCUUUCCUUCACUUCUAACAACUUUCCUAGAGGAAGUGGAUUGCCCAACCUUCUACUCUCCUGAGGUUGUAAAUGUCUUUUGUCUCUUAGACUUGGCCAGAAUUACUGCACCAACUUCUUUAGCUGCUCCUGGAAUCAGUUGCAGUUUGCUCUCCUCAAUUACAAUGAGGAUUGCCUCCUCAAUAUCUGGUACUUUCUCACGGUUGAGAAUUUGGCUUCUCAACUUUUCAUACUCGAUAUUGAGGCCCAUCAAAAAUUUGUAGAGACAAUCUUUUAGGACAUAAGCCCAUUCUUGAGAUUCAGGGUUCCUCACUGAUUGAUAGUGACCAAUCUCCCUCUAGAGAGCAUGUAACUUUGAGGCAUAGUCCAGAACGGAUAUAUCCCCUUGUACUAGUGUUGUUGCUUUGGUCACAAGUCCAUAAAUAUGCCAAUCUAUAUUGCGCUUUGAAGAAGCCUUAAGAACUUGAUACCAAGAUCUCUGGAAGUCUUGAAACCCAGAAAAUUCUUGUAUACAUGUCUUGCCAUUGUCCCAAUUAGCCAGGUAAGAAUAAGAGUAUCAUCUUUCUUCCAUACCUUGUACUCUGGACUGGAGAUAAUUUAUUGGAUUCUAAACCAGAUGAUCUUCUAGACCUCUUCCCCGUAAGAUCAAUUGUACAUAUUGACUCCACUGGAGAAGAUUGCGGCCAUCAUAUUUCAGCUUUUCAGGUACUCUUGAAAUCAGUUGCACUGGUCAAUCUCUCUCUUCUGAAGAAGAUUGAAUGAUCAUGGAAGACGCCUGAAUCACCUUAAAUGAACCACCGGUCUGGAUCAUCGUCUCCACCUCGAAUGUUGUUUCCUUAAUUCCCGGUAGACUUCUUGAGCCUCAUGAUGGAAGCCUCAGGAAACAGCUUUGCAAUGAAAGCCAGAAGAAGUAAAGUAAGAAUCAAGAGACAUGGAGAUGAUUGCCAGGCUUUCAUACCAUGUGGAGAAUUUUGCACCCUAGGAUCCGGUUUAUAAUUCUAAGAACAGGAGGCACCAAAAAUAGCAAUUGAAAAGAAGACCACGAGUUUGUUAUUCUAUCGUCACCCCUAUUCAUAGGGGUUACAAGUGGGAUCAACAGAAAAAGUAAAAGAAGCCCAAUAAGAGUCCAUUAUAUGACUGGAUCUCAGAAGGCCAUAACUACAAAUAAGAAAAACAAAGGAGUAAAAUAAGAAAAAUAGAAUAAAUUGCAUAUUAUGUCACAUAUCAAGAAGUUAUUAUGAUUAAUUUUUAUUUUUUUUCUGGAAUACCAUCUGGAGGAGAGAAUUUUUUCGUAGGGUGAUGGAGAAAAUCUUGUGAUUGGGUUCAUAUAUAAAUUAUCAGUGACCCUCUCGACACCAAUCGGGUGUGAAGAUGGAUACUGAGUUUCUGAUCUAUGGAUCUGGAAGAUAAUAUUUAUUGGGCAAAGCAAACAUGACAUGACAAGUGGAUGCAGCUGUGAGAACUCUCAGAAGAUCUUCGAGCUGUUCGGGGUCACUUCAUCCGUGAGAUACCUCCAGAAUUUUACCCACCAACUGCUACAUCAUGAUUCAUGAUUGAAGAGAGUUUUAAACCGAAAAAGAGGUCAAAGAACUUGAUCUUGCUGAAUUAGGAUGGAACCCUAUCAUUGAUUGCCUGCUCUGAUCUCAUUGUAUACAGCCUGGGUUCGUAGAUUCGGCCAAAAAUAAUGCAGUAGGCGUUCAGAAUGUUUUUUUAGUCAGGAAAAAAUAAAUACACAGACACUUUUGAACAUGGAUCUUUUGAUACGAAAUUUCCUCUUUUGUCAGUUCCUGAUCAGAUCCCAUCCCUUAUCCUUUGUGUUUUCAGUAACUAUUAUGAUGCUUCUUCCCUUGCUACUUCCCUCCCCUCCCUUCCUCUCCCCCUUCACUCUCUCUCUCUCUCUCUCUCUCUCUCCCUCUCUCUCCCUUUUCAUUGAAACAGUAGUAUAUUAAUGUCAUGUAUAAUUAUGGAGCUUUGAGAGGGAUGAGAAUACUAUUAAUUUUCUUCUUUGAAGAAUUCUGAACCUCCUAUUCUCUUAGAUAUCUGCAUCCUUUGUUCAUUCUAUCUUACCUUUAUUUUGUAGACCUUUAGUUCUUGUCAGUGACAUCUUGUUGCAGUAUGAUGAAUAUCAACCUCCAACUUCCUCGGCCCAAAUCCUAAAACGGAAAGGUUCCACCCCAGGUACAAUAAUUGCAUAUUUAUUUAUUUAGUACAUGAAAUGUAUAUGCCUAGUUAAUUCUUUCCGUAAAUUUUAAUUUAUGUUCUACUACUCGGAACCUAUUUAAAAUAACAUAAAACAUUCCCACGUGGCAUUAACAAUGCCAUCUGUUUGCUGUCGUCUCAGUGCGACAUGACAGUACUCAAAAUCAUGCAGAUACUUAGAUGCAACCUACACAGAGAGAGCUCCCUCUCUCUCUCUCUCUCUCUCUCUCAGGGUACGACUCAUGCUGGUCAAAAAGUGUCCAUCUUUGGUGGCGAUAAACUGACGAUUCUGUACUACAGGAGUUGUUUCCUUUGUCAGGAGGGGCUUUUUUUUGUAUAAAUAUACUAAUUCCAUGGGUAUAGAAUAAAAAUAUUGUAUUUUAGUGGAUGUAAAAACUUAAAUUUUCCUGUAAUGAAACAGCUAAACUAUGCCCUUAUCCUUUUAGCCAAUAGUUUUUCAUUUUCCUGAAUUAUUGUUUCUUGAUUUAAAGGAAUCCUCAUCUUAUUUGUAGGAGCUUCUUAGCACUACUAUAAAUAGAGCUUUCAAAUCAAGAAACGAUAACUCAGGAAAAUUAGUAUGUAGUCGCUCUACAAUGCUAUCUUUUCCUCAGUCGCAGUUUCAUCCAAUUCUUACCUUUAAUGAUAAUAAAGGCAGCUCUACAAAUAAGGCAACGAAUUCUUCAAAUCAAUAAAUAUUAAUUAAGGAAAAAUGAAAACUAUAAGUACAUCAUCAUGGUACACUAUGGUAUCAUCGCCUUAUUUGUAGCAUCAUCCUGUUCAUACCUUCAGUGAUAAUUGUUUGUAAUUCUGCAAGGAUGAGGAUGAUUUCCCCAAAUGAGGAAAUAAUAAUCUAUGAAAAUGAAAGCUAUGAUUAGGAGCAUAUCUCAUAAUGUCAUCAUUGCCUUAUUUUGCAGCAAACAAGGCAAGGGUGGCUUCUUCAGCCCCUUUGCUUCCAGUUGAAGAGCGUGAAGCAGCUUAUCUUGCUGCCCGUGAACGCAUAUUUUCCUUGUAUGAUGACUGUAAAGAGGAGCCCGUCACUCCUAAACCCAGGACCAUCCCAGUGGCUGCCCGCCGGAUGAUUGCUCAUGCUCUGGGUCAAAGGAUAUCUUCUUCAGGUCCUCCGGACUUGGGGGGAUCCCAUCAGGACCCCACUCAGAAGACUGCAGUCAACGCCAGUGGCCUCUCAGAUUCCGCUGUGGGCUCUCAAGAAGGUUCGUCCAGUCAAAGGGUGGGAUCCCAAGAAAGGAAAGCCAAUGUUCGUGUCUCACACUCUGAGAUGAAGGAGCAGAGAAAAGCUCCCAUUAAAGCUUCUGAAGGUAGCGGCUUUCUGGGAACUGGGAGUGAAGAGCAGGAUGUGGGGGUUCGGAGCUUGGAGAGGGAGAGGGCUGGAGCUGCCAGGAGGAUCUUCGCCAAUGCCCUGGGCCUUGGCUCAGCCAGGAACAGUCGACCAUCUCAGACUAUGGAGUGA